AGUAGUGAUAAAAAAGGAUAAGGCAGAUUUUCAUUUUUUUUCAGUCUCCUACCUGAAGAAACGAAAAUCGAAGUCUCUCACAAACCAUGAGUCUCUUCGGUCUCGGCAGAAAUCAGCGUACAUUCCGCCCAAAAAAGAGUGCACCUUCAGGACGUAAGGGUGCACAGCUUAAAAAGCACAUUGAUGCUACCCUGGGCAGUGGAAAUUUAAGGGAAGCAGUUAGACUACCUCCUGGGGAGGAUUUAAAUGAAUGGCUUGCAGUCAAUACCGUGGAUUUCUUCAAUCAGGUGAAUCUGCUCUAUGGUUCCCUCACGGAGUUUUGUACUCCUGAGAACUGUCCUACAAUGACUGCAGGCCCUAAGUAAGAGAUAUGAACCAUAUUCCUUUUGCCCUUUUCAAUAAAUUAGACACACAAUCCUAAAUUUUAAUAUUUUCUGUCAUGUUUGGAUCUGUUGAUGGUAUCAAAGGCUUUUCUCUCUAAUGAUGGAUAUAUUUAAAGGAUAAAGUGAAAUCAGGACUCCCUUCACUUAAAUUGAGUCGCUUUAUCU